CACUUUCAAAACGAUCUCUGUUUUACGUCGCCAAAAAGAAAAAAGUCCUUGCUAUCACAUGCUGUGACGUAUGACGAAAGAACAGAAUAAAAUAUUACACAAGCUCUCGCAAUUACGUGCAUGACUGUUUUGAUUUAGCAGAGCUGUUUCAUAACAGUUGUGAAAUGUGUUGCCGGGCAUAGUUGAAAGAAGCAAGUCAUCCUUCUGAAAAAAUGAGUUUUUCUGAAAGUUUUACAUUCGAUUUUCUUUUAUCUUGUUUGUCUUUUCUAGAACGAAAAUCUGGCAUUAAUAUGUCGUCAGAAAGUUUACCAUCUCAAGUCGGUCCCGUCUACCACAUCCUACCGUUUUAUUAUAUUCACGUAUUAGAUCAAAAUACAGGCAUAACACGGUUGAAAAUUGGUCCGAAAACAUUUUUUAAGCAAGACAAUGAGAUAAUUACUCUAGGACCAGAAAAAAUGAUCAUUUUACCACCAAGACACUAUUGCGUUGUCGAAAAUCCCGUUAUGAAAAACGAAAUUGGUCAAGUACAAUUCGAUGAAAAUGGCCAAGUAAAAUUGUUACAUGGCGAUAUAGAAAUCCGAUUGGGCAAAGAUUAUAAAGAGCCUUUUCCAUUAUAUCCCGGUGAAACUUUAAGACAAGCGCCUUGA